CAAGUAUAAAAGGCACUUGGGCACGGCGGUCAUUUACCAGUCGAGUUGUAACCGGUGAAGAAGAGUCCACAAGUCAACAAUCUCAUUAAGUGCCGCAGGAUCAGGAUGAGGGCACUGGUUAUUUUUGCGUGUUUGUGCUUCAUUGCACUUCAAACUGAUGCUACACCAGCAAGAAGUGUCUGUUACUUCAGUAACUGGGCAAUUUACCGUCCAGGCCAUGGAAAGUAUGGAAUUGACGAUAUACCUGUAGAUCGCUGCACGCAUCUGGUGUACUCCUUCAUAGGUGUAAGCAACGCCACCUGGGAAGUUUUGGUUCUUGACGAAGAUGUCGAUAUUAAAGACCGAGGCUUCGAGCGUUUUGUAGGCUUGCGCGCUAAAUACCCACAAGUCAAAUAUCAAGUAGCUCUUGGUGGUUGGGGUGAAGGAGGAGAGAAAUACUCAGCCCUUGUGGCUGAUAAAAACAAGCGUGAUGUGUUCAUUCGCAGCGCUGUUAACUUCAUGAACAAAUUCAAAUUCGACGGGUUUGAUUUGGACUGGGAGUACCCGGGGGCAACUGAUAGAGGUGGCACCUUUGCUGAUAAAGAUAGGUUCUACUAUUUUGUUCAAGAAUUGAGAAGGGCCUUUGAUAAAGAACAAAAGGGAUGGGAGAUUACUAUGGCUGUACCCAUUGCUAAGUUUAGGUUGGAUGAAGGAUAUCAUGUUCCGGAAUUAUGCGAAAUGUUGGAUGCUAUCCAUGUGAUGUCUUAUGAUUUGAGAGGAAACUGGGCUGGAUUCGCCGAUGUCCAUUCGGCACUUUAUAAGAGACCUCAUGAUCAAUGGGCUUAUGAAAAACUUAAUGUGAACGAUGGUUUGCUUCUCUGGGUAAACUACGGAUGUUCUCCUAAGAAACUUAUCGUUGGUAUUCCCUUCUAUGGCCGCACUUACACGCUGAGCAACAGUAACAACAACUACGAGCUAGGCACCUAUAUUAAUAAGGAAGCUGGUGGGGGUAAUCCAGGCAAAUACACCAACGCUACUGGUUUCAUUUCAUAUUAUGAGAUCUGUGAGGAUUUAUUGGAGAAAGAUAAUGGCUGGACUGUCCGCUGGGACGAACAUGGUAAAGUCCCCUUCAUGUACAAGGGUAAUCAAUGGGUUGGCUAUGAAAAUCCUGAAUCCGUUCAGAUCAAGAUGGAUUUCAUUAAGAAGAUGGGUUAUGGUGGUGCUAUGACUUGGGCUAUUGACAUGGACGACUUCAAUGGACACUGCGGUCCCAAAAAUGUCCUCAUGGAGAUUCUAUGGGCCAAUAUGAAAGACUAUCAAGUACCGGAACCUAUUAUAGCUACUACUAAACGCCCGGAAUGGAGUAGGCCACCAAGCACGCCUUCUUCCGAACCACUCCCACCGGCGCCUGAAGCUCCAGCUACUACUCAACGCCCACAACAGGAACAAACUACAAGGAAACCGGAAAAGCCUACUCAGAAACCGCCAGUAGCUGCUGCGCCUGCAACCACUCAAGCACCAGCUGUUACAGGAGGUUCAGCGGGUAAACCAUGCGGUGGGUCUGAUUACUUAACGCACGAGGAUUGUUCAAAAUACUACCGUUGUGUGCAUGAGAAAUUGAUGGAGUUCUCCUGCGAGCCCGGGUUGAUCUAUCAACAGACAAGUCAUAUCUGCGAUUGGCCUGCAAAUGCUGAUCGUGAUGAAUGUCGCAAAGAAUAAUUUAUUAUAAACAGACAACGAGCACAAAACAACUUGGUAAAUAUCACAUUAAACAAAAGACUGUAGGCUUAAGUUAAUUUAUGUUUAAUAAAAGUUUGGAAACAAUAA